UUUUAAGGCUUGGGGUAGAAGACAUAACUAAACUCUGAAGAAUGGUAAAUGUCACUAAAGGCGUCCUAGUCGAAUGGUAAGUUUUCUUCCCGGUUAUUGGGUACAAAGAAACAAAAGAAAGGUUGUUUCUUCUUUUUAAUUAAUUUUUCCCGCGACAGAAAUAGAAAGAUCUAAAGAUCACACCUCUGGUCCGUACGGAUGCAUGUAAGCCGAUUCAUUGAAGAGAUUGGAACAUUUGAAGUUCUUGUCAAAUCUUACUUUUCUUUCAUAUUCAUAGCGAUCCUGCAGUGAAGCAGUUUCUACUUCACCUCGAUGAGAAAGUAGCUCUGGGAAAGAAGUUUGUGAUCGAGGAUCUCGAUGAGACACACAUAUUCGUCUCUGCGGAAAUUGUUCCUGUUCUCCAAGAAAAAGUGUGGGAAAUAAUGGAUAACAACUCCUUCAAUAUUUCACAAAGCAGUUAAAAACAAAAAGAUGGAUCCAAGAGUACAGUAUGAGAUUUGUUUGUUUCAAUGUUAACAUCACUGAGUUGAUCUGUGCCAAGCACGAACCACAUGUUACUGAGGAAAUUACGAAGAUGUUGGGGGUGCAUGUCGGACAGUGAUGGUUAAUCUCUGCUAAUUGACGAACAGAUAAAUAUUAGGAAAUUACGUGUGGUUAUUUACUGUGCGUGACACUCGGACUUUAAAUAAUAUCAUGGAAAACAGCAGCGCUGUCGUAGCAUUUCUGGUCAUUGGUCAAUCUCUGUCCACUAUCUCCUUCACCUAUCUUCCUUAUGCCAGUUGGUGCAUCUGCUGCCAACCAGCUCUGUCACGUACUGUGCUGCACCUCUAGCACCAAAAGCUCCAUUUAGGUUUUCUCUCUCCUUCUCUACAGUUCUCCUUGACAAUUUCCUGGAUCUUCCCCAUCUCCAGUGUGUCUUUCAGUACAACAUCAAUGGACAAUGGACAGAUCGAUAAAGUAGAAAGAAGGCAGAGACCUAUAGACAAAUAGUAAAACAGAUGAAGAGCUGAAUUGAUUGUUUUGCAAUUAUAUAGUUUGCUAGACAAUAAGUUCCUUAUUUAUUGAACUUAUUUCAACAAUUUUAAUCGAAAAUUUUCUUUGGAUGGAAAAACUCAUUGUUAUAAAAAUUCCUCUCCUAGCUCAUAACACAGUGAAAAUAGAUGGAGGGCAUCUUCACUCAACAAAUUUACUCAUCUGUGGUGUAAACACUUGGUUCAUUGAGAAGUCCCUUAACUGGUUAGCUGUCCAUAAAAAAUUCAAGCACUUAUCUAGAAUUAUUUGGCAUUUAUAGCCACAUAUGAUCCAUCAAAUAUUUUUGCUCCUGUGCAAUCAGUUUAAACAUAGUAUGUGACCAAAUAUCCCCCAGCAAAAACUGGGGGAUAUACAAGAAUAUCACCCAAGCAAUAUUCCCCAAUUUUUAAACCUCAUGAUCACUCUGAUAAGUCUUCCUUUCCAAUUUAAUUCAAGAUUAGAGAGGGUUUUGCGGUUAUCACAGAAGAAGGGAAAUCAGUUUUUGUUCAUUGAGUUAUACCAGAGAACCCUCCAAAGAAAACACCCCACACUGCAUACAGUAAGCUGUUCAUAAACAUUUUCCACAUGUGUUGCAAACUAGUUGAAGGAUAAUAAACACAAAAGCCUCUAUUUUGCCCAGAAACAUGUAUGAAUAAUUCGUCCUUGGACAUUAUCUGUCUCUUGAAGCUCACAGUUUUUAUUAAGCUUCACUCAUGGAAAACUGUUAGCAUCUUGGAACCAAUAAUGUAGGCGGACAAGUGUCCGUAAAUAAAUUCUCCUUGUCAGCACUUAAGGAAAUGGAUAGUAAACAGUAUGGAGAAUGUGCAUACUGAUGUUCGCGUGUAAAAGGUCAUUUAACCCUUUCUGUUAGGUUGAAUGUGACUGUGAAAAUUCUCUCAUAAUGUAUUUCACAC